UGUCAGACAUCUCUGUCAUUGAUCCUUAUUAUUGUUGUAUUUUAAGAAUUUCCAGUCAAAUGUAACAUGAUCCUGCUUUCAUCAAACAUUUACUUUUCAGGCCUACCGUAAUUUCAUGGCUACGAUGAGUUGGAACUUGGAAGUUGCAUUAACAUUAUAGUUCUAAUAUCAACAGUUACAUCAACAAAGGCCUAAUUUAAGUUGAAGGUGGUGGUAUCGCUGGAUCGUGAGGGAAACAUGAGGGGAAAGCCAGCUUUGGGAAAAACCAUUUUGUUUCUAUGCAUUGCAUGCUUUCUUGCCGGAACACUCUUCAGUGGCCAGAUGUGGACACGCCCCUCCAACCAUGAAAAUACACUCCUACCACCUAGAAGCGAUUGUGAUCACAAGCGAAAACUGAUUGAAGGCAGACCUGGUGAUGUAAUGGAGGAAGUAGUAAAGACUCAUCAAGCUAUCAAGUCUCUGGAUAAGGCAGUUUCAACAUUGGAAAUGGAGCUGACAGCAGCUCGCACAAGCCAAACUGGUGGGCAGCACUUGCGGCAACAGCCUUCUAACCACAGUUCAAAGAAAGCUUUUGUGGUGAUUGGAAUUAACACAGCGUUUAGCAGCAAAAGGAGAAGAGACUCCAUACGUGAAACAUGGUUACCUAAAGGAAAUCAGCUGAAGGAACUGGAGAAAGAGAAGGGGAUUGUUGUAAGGUUCGUGAUUGGGCACAGCACCACGCCAGGCGGAAUUCUUGAUAAAGCGAUUGAUGCAGAAGAGGCAGAACACAAGGACUUCCUCAGGUUAAAUCACGUUGAGGGCUACCACGAGUUAUCUACCAAAACUCGCCUCUACUUUUCCACUGUUAUUUCUAUGUGGGAUGCUGAUUUCUAUGUCAAAGUCGACGAUGAUGUCCAUUUAAAUCUAGGUAUGCUAGCGAGUACACUUGCUAAGUACCGAUCAAGACCCAGGGUUUAUAUUGGUUGCAUGAAAUCCGGUCCAGUUCUGUAUCAAAAAGGAGUAAAGUAUCAUGAGGCUGAACACUGGAAAUUUGGAGAGGAAGGAAACAAGUAUUUUAGGCAUGCCACUGGCCAAUUAUAUGGCAUCUCCAAGGAUCUUGCUACUUAUAUAUCUAUCAAUUGGCCCAUAUUGCACAGAUACGCAAAUGAAGAUGUAUCUUUGGGCUCAUGGUUAUUGGGCCUAGAAGUUGAACAUGUGGAUGAACGGUCUAUGUGUUGCGGGACCCCUCCAGAUUGUGAUUGGAAGGCAAGGACAGGAAAUGUGUGCGUGGCAUCUUUUGAUUGGUCAUGCAGUGGUAUAUGUAAGUCUGUGGAGAGAAUGAAAGAUAUACAUAAAGCUUGUGGAGAGGGAGAUGGAGCUGUUUGGAACGUUGACCUCUAAUUCUCUAAUUGAAACACAAAAUCUUAUAGCUUUACUAGUUUUGCAUGAAGAGGAAUUGAAUGCCGUUUCCUUUUAUUUAAAUUUUUAAUGAAAUUUGUUAGUGUGUUCAAGAACAAUAUCUAUAGUAAAAGACUUUUUUCAUUAAAAAAAUAUAAUAAC